UGAUCGCCAUGCUGUUGGCACAAGAGCUAUGUAUGCUCCCCGAAUUUCAGAAGAGCUACGCCAGAAAGUGAUGUCUAUGCUUUACGCUGCAAUACCUAUAGAUGAUAUAAUGCAGCACCACAUGGAGCUGGUGCAGAGGCAUGGUGGGCCUCUCAACCGUGAUGAUUUUCUUAGUAGGAAUGAUGUUCGUAACAUGGAAAGGCUUGUUCACAAUUCUUCACAUGAGUUGAAUGAAAAUGAUGAAUGCAGUGUAAAGAUAUGGGUGCGACGUCAUCAGAAGUAUGUCUUCUUCUAUCAAGAACGCACUGAUACAGAACCUUUAUAAUGGGUAUACAGACAAAGUGGCAGCUUGAACAGAUGCUGCAUUAUGGGCGGAAUGGCUCCAUUGCUAUGCAUUCAUCCUUUGGCAGGAACAAGCUGAAGUAUCCCUUAUGCACCUUACUUGCUUUCAACACCUCCCAUAGUGCCAUUCCAGUUGCCUGGAUCAUUUCCUCCUCCCUCAUCUGUCAAGGUAUUCAUAAAUGGAUUGGUCCUCUAGCAGAAAGGAUCUACACAAAGGAUCCUACAUGGCAAUUGAGUUCCUUUCUAGUGGAUGAUUGUUCCUUCAAGGUCUCUCUUAUAAGAGAGGCAUUUCGAUGCCGAGUACUAUUAUGCCUCUGGCAUGUUAAAAUGUCGUGCUUGGAUAAGAAAUCUUAUAAAGCGAAGCUGCCACUCUGGUAUGCUUUGAUUAAUGGUAUGAAGUCUUUGCCAACAGCUGGUCCUGAACCCCAGGCUGCAAUUGAGUCUUACCACCUGAGAUCAAAGUUUAAGCUCUUAGACAUUCAAUAUUGCAAUUUAUGGCUAAGAGUCGACUGGUUGAUCCACAUGUUGGCAACUGAAUAUCACUCUUCAUUCUGGUUGGAUCAGUAUUCUUUAGGGACUGGGUGUUUUGAGAAUGUUAGGGACCCGAGUUUCACAAGUAAUGCUUGGCAUCAGGCCCUUAACAUUCUGGAUGUCAAUGUGAUAUUUGACGAGCAAAAUCUCCUGCUAGCAAAAGUUCUCUCUGAAGACAGAAGUUCAGUGUACACAGUGUGGAAUCCAGAACUCGUCAGGUUGCAGGAACAUCAUUAG